AUGGAAGCAGCCCCCGUAGACGCCGCCGGGGCCGAGAAGGGAAAGAGAACCAAUUCGCUGGCCUUUGCACAGACCGACUGCCACACCUGCGCCGCAACAGGAAACCAAUGUGACCGCCGGCGCCCGCAAUGCUCGACGUGCCUCGCGCUGGGCCGUCGAUGCGGCGGGUUCGCGAUGCCCCUAUCGUGGGAUUCUCGGCGAAUGUGGACGGAGAAUCCAUCAACAGCCGCUGAAGGUGUGCCCGACAGUGCAAUAAUGCCUGCUGCCGGCACAGUGCCUCCUCGGGGCUUUCGGUUCGUGCGCACUGGCUCCAGACUCCGGAAACGGCGCAAGGCACGCAAUGAGGCGAGUGCCAGCGGCCCGCCCGAGGCAGCAACUGGCGAGAUGUUUCCCGGAGCGGCAGGAGAGGAGCAGAGCAUGCCAGGGGUGUCCGGAGCCCAAACGGGGGACGAGUUCCAGCUCACCGGCAGUGGAGACACCGUACCUGGCCACGAUAUCUGGGAUGACUUUGCGCUGUUCGACUCGUUUGUGCCGAACAUCUUCGAGGCCACCCCUUUCCUGGACUUUGGCCUCCAGGACCCAUUGCCAGCAGACCUGCUGCCCCAGACGCUCCCGCUACCACUACCGGGCACUACCGGACGAGCCAUCGAAUUGAUGCCGGGAGAAGACCUGAACCAUGACCCCCUGCUGCAGCCAUACGCGCCCAUGCCGCUGGCCACUCCCCCACGCGAUCCCGCAAUGCGCGGAGUGGACUCGACCGUCUCCAAUUCCCAGGUGCAGCCGGGGCUCGGGCUGUCUCCACGGGACCAUGAGCAGCUGCUUGAGAUGUACGACUCGGAGUUCUGCGUCUUGCCCCUGACGUCGGACAUGCCAAUCAACCCCCUCCGCUGCCAGCGCCAGACAUCCCAGGGCUCUAGUCUUCUGUUCCAUUCAAUAUUGGCUCUAUGCUGCCAGCAUCUGAAAGGCCUCACCGGCAGUGGGUCAGCCGAGGCAGACGAGCACCGACGGAAGGCCCUGCAGCUGCUCGAUGGUGCGCUCCCAAGUCGGGAUGUUACUGUGGUGGGACGCAACCCUCGCCCUGAUCUCCCGUCAAGGCCCAAUCAUGGACCGCGCCUACCUCGAGUUCCUGGUGCAGUGGGAGCAAUUGAGAAGGAGCGCAUUGGGGGCGCUUGGGUGGUGCAUAUGGCGGCGGUUGAGCUGGUGGAUGAGGUGGUGGGGGAGCGGGCAAGCUUUUACCAUGGCUCGAGGUUGGUAUAUGAUAGAGCCUACGUGCAUGUUCUGGUGGAUGAGUCCCAGAGAAAGGUCCUUACUCCUGUUCAAGGCUUCACAAGACUUAUGGUUGUGGGUAUUGCUAAAGAUGUUCCAGUGCAAUCAGGUGCUGAUGUUGUUGAUGUGUCAAGUUAA